UAAAAGAGAGGAGGAAAAAAAUCCGGCUAUGUAUUUCAAUUCGCGUACACGAACACAUAUAGGUACGCGUAUGCAGCGGUGAUAUCUGUAUUAUUCCUGCCGAAUUUCGAAGGAUUCAUUGUGUGAAUGCAGCGGCCGCUGCCGCAGAUCUGAGUUUUUAGGAUUUCAGAAAUAGUUACAUCUGAGCACGCUUAAGUACUGAGAAAUGGAAGAUCUGUCAAGUUUUUGGGGCCCUGUGACAUCCACACAUGAGUGGUGUGAGCUGAAUUAUGUCCACUCAUCCUAUAUUGCCGAAUUUUUCAACACCAUAUCUAAUGUCCCAUGCAUCCUCCUAGCACUAAUUGGCCUUGUUAAUUCUCUGAAAUAUCGAUUCGAGAAAAGGUUCAGCGUCCUUCACCUAUCAAAUAUGAUACUUGGCAUUGGCAGCAUGAUAUAUCAUGCCACAUUGCAGCGACUGCAGCAGCAAGGGGACGAAACACCUAUGGUGUGGGAAAUGCUCCUUUACAUCUACAUUCUAUACUCUCCCGACUGGCAUUAUCGAAGUACAAUGCCCACGUUUUUGUUUCUCUAUGGCGCAGCAUUCGCAGUUGCACACUCACAACUUCGUUUCAACCUUGGUUUCAAGGUACACUACGCACUGCUUUGUUUCCUUUGCAUUCCCAGGAUGUACAAGUAUUACAUUUACACAGAAGACAAAGCUGCUAAGCGGCUGGCAAAGCUCUAUGUGGCCACUCUUGUGACGGCAACCAUCUGCUGGCUAGCCGACCGUCUCUUCUGCAAGGAUAUUUCGCUGUGGCACUUCAAUCCACAGGGUCAUGCCUUGUGGCAUGUUUUAAUGGGUUUCAACUCGUACUUCGCCAACACGUUUUUGAUGUUCUGCCGAGCUCAACAACGAGGGUGGAAUCCCAAAGUAAAGCACUUUUUGGGUAUGUUCCCUUACGUGAACAUUCAAAAACCAAAAGCACAGUGAAAUGGAUAUUAACUGUGAGAAAGUGCGAGUAUGUUACGUGCUGGUUGGGAAAAACUGAGAUUCAUUUUUUUGCUCUUUAAUUUUGUUUUGAAACAUGUAUGUAAAUGAUAGCUGGAAGUAAACUUAGAUGGUUGAUAUUUAAAUUUUGACUGUAAAAGUAGAAUAUUAUGAGGUAGCAUAUUUUCAUAUAUCGUGUGACAAGAAGAGUUUUCCGGUGGCUUACAAAAUAUUUGUAGGUUGAUUGAGAUGUUUGUUCUAUCGAAUUUUGAGAUAAUAAUUAUUUAUAUUUUUAUUAUGA